AUGUUUAUAAAAAGUAUACUAUUAAAAAAAGUCAAAUAUUUUAGUUUUGCUAAAAAUAAUUCACUGAGGAAAAAUAGCAAUUGUAUUUUAAUAAAGAAAUAUUAUUCUAAUCAAAGUAACAAUAGCAAUAAUGACAAUAAUAACAAAACAAAAAAUGAUAGAAAUAAUUAUGCAAAAGAGAAUAUUUAUAAAAAGGAAAAUAACAUAAAAAAAGAAGAAAAUAAUAAUACUAAUUUAGAAGAAGAUAUAAACCAUAUGAAAAAUAAUUAUAACUAUAUUAUAAAUAUUUAUGAUAAAAAAAAUCCAAAUUUUAUCAUUGAUUUUGUUUUAAAUAUAUAUGGAGAAAAAUAUACAAAAGAAAAUAAAAAACGGUAUAUAAAUGAAUUUAAGAAUGAAUUAAAUAAGCAUUUACAAAGUAAAGAUUCAAAUAUUUCAUGUAAUAAAAAUCAUAUAACGUUUGUGGAUACUUUUGCAAUACUUUAUCUAUGCUAUAUAGAAAAAAUUUAUGAUUUAGAAUUUUUAUCAAAAUUAAACGAAAAAUUUGAUGAAUUGUUUAAAUCAAAAAAAGAAAAGGAAAUAUUAAAUAAUGAUAAUAUAAAUUAUUUAAUAAUGAUCUUCUAUUAUUUUUCAUAUUUAAAUAUAAAAAAUAUAACUUUGAAUAAUAAAAUAAAAAAUUUUAUAAUAAAUAACGAAGUUGAACCAAUAAUAGUUUAUAAAUAUUUAGAAUCCCUUAGUUUAAUAAAUGAUGAUAGCAAUAAUAUCACGCCCAUAGUUCAAAUAAUUGUUGAAACAUUCUAUAAUUAUAAUAAUUAUCUUUUACUAAAAAUUUUACAAUUUUUACAUAAUUUAAAUUAUAUAGACAGAGAUAUUUUUUUUCUUUUUACAAGAAAAUUAAACAAAAAUAUUUAUAAUGAAAAUGCAAACCUUUAUGAAUUAUGUAUGUUAUCUCGUAUUUAUGCAUUAUAUAAGAAAGAAAACAUAACUUUUUUUAACUAUUUAUAUGAAGAUUUAAUAAAAAGCAUAACAAAAUAUGAAGAUAAUGUUCAGAAUGAUGAAAAUUAUGAUGAAAAUGAAUUAGAAAAUAGUGAAAAAAAAGAACAUGAAGAUUUCAAUAGGAAAGACCUCGAAAAAAUAGAUAAGGUAAUAAAUGAAGAUAACUCAAAAAAUUUAAAUGAUAAUAAAGACCAAAAGGAGAUAGAAAAUUCAUUUAUACAUGAAAUUGAAAAUAUCAAUAGAGAUAAUUAUUUUUUAUUUAAAAAUAGCUUAUAUAAUGAUGGUUUAAAUUUUUAUCCUUUUUUCAUAAAUUCAAAAACUACUAAUAAAGAAUUCUAUAAAAAGAAACAAAAAUUGAAUAUAAAUUUUACAAAUAAUGAAAAAGAAAAUGAAGAUGAUAAUGUUUAUAUUUCAAAAUGGAAUAAAAUGUUUUUUUAUGAAGAUUAUAAAAUUAAAGAUAUAAAAAACGAAAAAUUUAUUAAUUAUGAGGAUAAUAAGAAUGAAGAUGAAAUAAUUGAAAUAAAUAGUAAUUUUUUAAAAGAGAAUUUGUACUAUGAAUUUAGUUAUGAGAAACUUGUGAACAUGUUUGUAAAUAUAAGUUAUCAAUUAGACAAUUUAAAAAUUGAUAUUAAUAAAAAAGACGAUGCCACUAUUAGUAAUUAUGACCAAAUUAUUGAAUAUAAAAAAAAAUUGUUAUUUAUCGAUAAUUUUUAUAUUGGUCACAUUUUUCACAUAGUAGACUCUAUGUUAUCAUUGAAUAUACACCAUAAUUGUGCAUAUUUUAAUAAAUUACAAAAAAAAAUUUUAAAUAUAAUAAAAAAUAAUGAAAAUUACAUAAUUGAUAAUUUUGAUAGCAAUGAAAUCAAAAGCCUUUUAAUUUUUUUAGUUCAUACAAAUAAAUAUUAUAAAGAAACUUUUAUUUAUUGUAUUACUCAUAGAAUGGUUGACUUAUAUAUCAACGGAUUAUGUAAACCUGAAAUAUUAUCUAUUUUUCUUUAUAACCUAUUAGCUUUUACUAAGAAAAAAGUUGUAAAAAAGAAUAGAUUCAAUCAUAAUAUUAGAAAUACUAUAUAUAAUAGUUAUUCCUGGCUAAAUGACAAUAAAAUCUUUACAAGAGAAAAUAAUAAUAUUUCUACAUUAGAAAAAAAGGAAAUUAAUAAUGUAUAUAAAAAUAUAAAAGUGAAGAAUCAUACUCUUUUACAGAUUUUAUCUAUACAUAUAUGUAAAAAUGUAUAUUUUAUUAGCUUAUCAACUUUAGCUUCAUUAUUAAGGUCAUUUUCAUAUUUAUCCUUUAGUAAUUUCAAUUUUUACAAUGUUUUUAUUCCUUUAUUUUUAAAACAUAUUGAGAAUUUGAAAAAUGUUGAUAUUUUAAAUAUAACACAAGCAUAUAAUAAGCAAAAAAUUAGUAAUAAAUAUUUUUAUUAUUUGCUAUCAAAGCAAUAUCAAAAUAAUUAUUCUAACAAACUAAAAAAUUCGGAACCUAAAAUUAAAUUAAUUGGAUAG